AGCAUUCCAAAGAGGAAAAGAACUUGCCAUCUUCUCAUAACUUUGUUCUUGUUGAAUAGUUGCUUGUUCUUCUUGUUCUUCUUCUUCUUCAAUUUUGCUUCAAAAAAAUCCCUCAAAUUCUCAAAUGCUGCAAAACCCAUCUCGAGAAUUGCUUUCUCUGUUCUCCAAUGGCGUCUCUUUUCCAUUUCCCCAUUUCCCAUAAGCUCUUUUUUUCUUCUCAGACUCUUAACCCUUCUAUCUGUAUACGCCACAAUCAUCAUUUCUUUCUAAUUUGUCGUUCAAAAUCAAAAAUUUGUGCUUCAAUUAAGAAACCCAGGGCAAGCCGGAAGGUGAAAAGCAAUGAUGAUCUCUGCAACGACAUCAGAGAAUUUUUAUCUUCUGUUGGACUUCCGGAGAAUCACGUACCCACUAUGAAAGAGCUGUCACAGAACGGAAGGCAAGACCUUGCAAACAUAGUUAGAAGAAGAGGAUACAAACUUGUCAAGGAGCUUCUCUUGACUUCCAAACAACCAACCUAUGAGUGCAUUGGAGAGGAUGGCCUUGUUGAAAAAAGUGAAGAUGAAUCGUUAGAUGGGGAAAUAGCAGACAUGGCUCAUGAUGUUUCUUUACCAACUGAAGCUUCUGCAGUGGAUGACUACACGAAUGAUGCAAGCAAUGAUUUGAUUCUGAAUUCGGAUGAGCAAAAUUCUGGUGAUCAAGAACCCUUGAGGUAUUCCUUCUUGGAGGAAAAGGUGGCCAAUUUUAUUCAGAAUGGAGAACUGGAUAGCAUAGAGGAUAGUGGCUUGGAAAUCUUUCAAAGAGAGGGAUCUGUUGAAGGACAGAAUGUUGUAGAAACAGAAUCUACUACUCCUAAGGAGCAUAUAGAUCUUGCUUGUAAUGGUGAUGGUGCUGAGAUAUUUAGCGAAAAUCCCAUGGCACUAUCAAUCCAGCAUGAUGAACAUCCUAGUACGCAGAGUUCUCUGAUGAGGAAUGAUAGCCUGUCAACUGAAUACUUAACCAUGACUGAAGGGAUAAUUAGUGCUGAUACUGAGCCCCACAAUAUGGAGAUUCAAGCUGAAAUUAAUCAUCUCAAGUUCGUGCUGCAUCAGAAGGAGCUGGAGUUAACUCAAUUGAAGCAGCAGAUUGAAGAGGAAAAGCACUUGCUGUCAAUUUUGCAAAUCAAAGCUGAAACAGAAAUCAGAGAAGCAGAAAGACUUAUUUCAGAAAAAGAUGCAGAGCUAAAUGCUGCUGAAGAUAGCCUCUCAGGACUGAAGGAGGUUGAAAUCCAAUACUGGGCAGAUGGGGAAAAUGUUGAGGUGGCUGGCAGCUUCAAUGGGUGGCAUCAUAAAAUAAAAAUGGAUCCACACGAAUCAUCAGAUCCCAUCGGCGAAGAUAUACAACUAUCAUCAGAUAUCAUAGAUCCCAUCGGCGAAUAUAUCCAAGCAUCAUCAGAUAUCAUAGAUCCCAUUGGCAUGAGGGAACCUCGACUUUGGAAAACUGUGUUAUGGCUAUAUCCAGGGAUAUACGAGAUAAAGUUCAUUGUUGAUGACCACUGGACAACUGAUCCUCAAAGAGAGUCUAUUACGAGAGGUUCAAUACACAAUAAUGUACUACGAGUUGAUAGAUGACUUGGGUAUUGCAUUCCCACAUGCACAUACAGAGGUAGCUUAGUAGUCUCUUUCGACAACUAUGAUUUAGAGCCAGCAUUCCAUUACUUUGUUUACAACUCUCCCUCC